AGCCAAAUGAAUCGGGUUUCGUUUUAUUGGGUGAUCUAUCGGUUGAAACCUCUACCGAUAUGGAUUAUGAUGAUUUUUCAAUGUGUCCACCCUCACCAUGUGAUGUUGAAUUUGUUAAUGCAAAUAUUGUGAUUGAUGGUAAAUCAAGUAUUCGACAAAAAUCCAAAGAUACAACGUUUCGCGUACAAUUUAAUGAUACUCUAACAUCCACAUUUGAAUAUCCCUCCGAAGCUUCAUUAAUUGUGGAUGAUUCAUUUAGCGCCUAUAAUGAAAGCUAUACCCAACCAUUGGGUUCUAGCCCUACACAUGAUGUUAAUGAUUUUACACAUGCAUUUCAGAAUUUAUGUUUAGAAAAUAUCAACUCUACAAUACCACCUUUAACACAUCAUCAUCAUGUGGCCGAUGAAAUAAUACAACUGCCAACCCUGAAUGCUAGUUCUUCGCCUGCCACUGCUAAUAAUACCAAUAAUACAACAGCUACCAAAAAUAUAUUGGGCAAUUUACCACUGGGUUCAGCACCACUUGGUUUCUACACGCCUCUAAAAGCACCCAUUGAUAGACUAUUUCAAUUGGGCGUAACACGAGCACCUUCACUACUCAGCAAUGAUUCACCCACAGAACCCAAUGCAGCAGUAGCAAAUGGUAGACUUUUUAAUGGUAUUUGUGAUGGCGAUGGUAGUCUAAUGGCUUUGGGUGGUAAUGGCAGUAUUGUAGGUAUUUCAGAUGGUCUUAUAACCGAUGAUAUGGUUGUAAAAAAGUCAAAGACCGAAACGGAUGAAGAGCCUGAAAGUUUGCAAUAUAUAAAACCAGCUGAUGAUGAUCUCAAUAUGGCCUAUAGUGAAGGUACUCAAAAAACUGAUUUAUUAUACUGAAGAUGUGAAGUGUAAUUGUGUGUGAGAGAGAGAAAGAAAAAAAUAUACAGUUUUUUUUUUAAUUUGGAAAUUUUUGUAUUCGAAAUUAUAUUGUGAUUUUAAUUUUUUUACUAUAUAUUUAUAUAAAAUACAAUAUAAUAAUAGAAUUAGUUUUAGUAAAGGAAAAGUUAUAAUAGCUUUUCUAUUGAAUGUGAGUGUUUUUUUGUAGAAGUUAUAAGAAAAUUCUAUAAAUUAUUAAGAAUUUUAGUUUUAAAAUAAUUAAAAAAAAACAGAGUUGCUCGAGAAUAUGUUUGAAAAAAAGUAAGGGAUUUUGAAAAUUAUAAAAGAAAGCUUAAAAAUUUAUAAAUUUAUAAAUAUUUAAGAAUUAUUAGAAUAUUUAAAACAAUUUCCACUUAAAUAUCUCAAUAUUUUAGUAAUUUUUUUAAAUUUUUUAAUAUUUCUUUGUAUUUUCACUUUUCAAAGAUGUUUUAUUGACAGAACUUUAUAAACAACACUGUUUGUAACGGUAUUACCUUAAUUGUUGUGUUUUAUUGACAUUUCUCUAUAAACAACACUGUUUGUAACGGCAUUAGCUUAAUUGGUAAACUGUGUUAACACUCUAAACAAAUAAACAGUGGCAAUAUUGGUUUUAAGAUAACAAUGUAGAAAACAGUGCUGUCAAUAUAAAUAUUAUGAGUAGAACUUUAUAAAGUGUUUGUUUUGAAAAUUUUUUGUUAGAAAAUCAUAAAUUUGAAAUAAAAUAUUAGAAAUUUGUUUCAAAUUAUUAAAAUUAACACUUUCUUUUUAUGAAUAAAU